AUUUCGUAUAACCUUUGGCCCAAAUCUUGAUCUUUACCUUCCUUUAAUUCAUUUCAAUAAAAUAUAUAGAUCGUAUGCAUUUAAAAACUUUAUAAUUCGCUUAGCAACAAUGAUGGCGCUGCCUGUCCGAUCUCAAACCUAAAAGCUAGUAUCCAUUAGUCAAACUUCGUCAUAUUGAGAUGACCCAAAAACAAGUUGUCGCUAUGACAAAUAUAUCUUAUAUUAUCGACCUUUGUGCGUAUAUGAAAUGGUAAAUCAACAGUAAUGAAAGUGCCAGUUAAUUGGGAAAAAUGAUGGAAAGGAAAAAUAUAAUCUUUCGAUAGUUUAUUAUCAGACGGAGUUUAAUUAGUUUUAAUCAACGUUUAUCGAAAGAAUAAUAAACGUAUUGUGUUAUCCUUAUAGCUAUUGUCUGUACGAAUUAAUUCCUGAGAAAAGUUCAUUCGUCAAUUUUGAAUUAACGCCUAAAUAUUCACAAUAUAAAAUGGCGAAAUCAGAAAAGAUUAGCAGGACCGUAUCUACAAAUGAUAUCAAAAUGGGUCAUCGAAAAUGACAAUUAAUUCGUAACAUUUUUCGUUAAAUGAUGGCUAAUCAAUCGAUUUAUUCGAAUGUAAAAAGAUAGAUUACAUUGUUAGAAAAUUUUUAAAAAUUUGUAAUGUUAUAUAAGAUCACUUAUUAUUGGAUAUAAAAAUGGGAUGCAAUAAGAACCUUUAUUUUCAACCUGAUAUAUACGUUCCUGAAAAUUGCUUUUGCCGCUCGUUCAUAGUAGCACCCUAUGUCAGCAGUGCUAUUUCUAAUGUUUAAAAUAAAUUCACUCAUAUAAUUAUUAUAUGCUUAAUAAUAUUUCCAUAAAUAUAUAUAUAUAUAUACAUAUAUAUGUGUGUUUUUUAAUACGUGAAUUUUCAAUAUUAAUCAUGCCUCGCCACAAACAACGAAAACAUCCACUGAUAGGAGAAGACACUAGAAUAGCAGUAAACUUAACUUUGAAGAAAUUAUUGGAAACACCGGAUCAAAAAGAAUUAGAAUUUCCAUCUUCUUAUACAGCAAUAGAACGAGCUUAUAUCCAUGAACUUGUUAAGGAUCUUGGCUUAAAAUCCAAAAGUAGAGGUAAAGGCAAAAACCGAUUUUUAACGGUAUACAAGAGAGAAGGAUCUACCAUAGUUCAAGCUGAUGCUGUAAUCAAGCUGCAAAAGUCAUCGAAACAAAGUAUUUAUGCUUUAUUAAAUAAUUUCCCAUUGAAUCAUAAAGAAUGUCAAGAUUUAUUACCUCCAAUGGAAAGAGAACGGCCUCUUAAUGCAGAUGUUAUUACAAAUACAAAGGCUAUGGGUCGCUUGAACAGUAGCAUCCCACAAGUACCACAAUUAAAGACAAAUUUUGAUGUAUUGAAUUUUCGUAAAUCACUUCCAAUUUUUAAUGCACGAGAAGACAUUUUAAAUGCUUUGGCUACUAAUCAAGUAGUCAUAAUAGCUGGGGAAACAGGAAGUGGUAAAACCACACAAGUACCUCAAUAUAUAUUAGAGCAUUGCCAGCAAAGACAUCAAAUUUGUAGAAUUAUAUGUACUCAACCAAGGAGACUUUCUGCAGUAUCCGUUGCAGAAAGAGUAGCAUUUGAAAGGGACGAAAAAAUUGGACAAACAUUUGGUUAUCAAAUUAGACUUGAAAGUAGAGUUGCGCCUAAAACUCUUCUGACAUAUUGUACUAAUGGGGUUCUUCUUAGGACUCUUAUGGGUGGAGAUUCUGCCUUGACUACAGUAACACACAUAAUAGUGGAUGAAGUUCACGAACGUGAUAGAUUUUGUGACUUCCUUUUGAUAGCAUUAAAAGAUGCAAUGAAUAAAUAUAGAUCAUUGAAAAUUGUGUUAAUGAGUGCAACAUUAGAUACUACUAUUUUUGCAAAGUACUUUGAUAAGUGUGUUGUUAUCAAUAUUCCUGGUAGAUUGUAUGAAGUUGAAACAUAUUUCCUUGAGGAUGUUUUGAAAAUGACCGGCUAUAUGACUAAAGAAAUGAUUAGGAGAAAAAAAGAAUUUUUAAAUAAAAAGGAACAGUGCAAGGUCUUAGAAUCUUGGACUCAGUACAAGCCACAAAUAUCUGGUAAAGGCCCAUUGAAUGAAAGAUGUUUGUUGCCAGCACCGAUAUUAGCACAACAAAAUGAGCCUAUACCAGAGAAAGUUAAACUCGAACCGUGGUUGAUAGAGGAAGUAGACAAAAGUAUAUCGGACGCAUGGUUAUGUGGCGGAGAAGAUAAUUUUGCACAAUUAUUGCAUUUUAUACUUUCGGAAAAUGUUUCAGUAGAUUAUCAGCAUUCUAAGACAUUAGUUACACCAUUGAUGGUUGCUGCAGGUAGAGGAUGCAUAAAUACUACCGAACAGCUUUUAAAUCUUGGAGCAAAUUUGAAUCUUCGAGCUGGUAACGAGUGGACUGCAUUAGAUUGGGCAAAAAAUAUGAAACAAAUCGAAUGUGCAGAAUUAAUUGAGGCAUAUAUGAAAACGUAUGAUUGUACAGUGCAAGAUUGUGAAAUAGUACAAGGUGACAACGUUUCUAUUUCUGAAGAAGAUAAAAUGUUAUUAGAUGUAUAUCAUCAUACAUUCAAUGAUGAAAAUAUUGAUCAUGAUCUUCUUUUACAUCUCGUUAUAUAUAUCCAUUUAAAAAUGCCACCAGGUUCAUUAUUAAUAUUUUUACCUGGUUAUGAUGAUAUAGUAACUAUGAGAGAAAGAAUAAACGGCGAAGAAAAGAAAAUGAAUCAAGGCCUCCGUUACAAUUUAUUUGUACUUCACUCAAAUAUGCAAAUAUGCGAUCAGAAAAAAGUAUUCAAGCCUAGUAUGCAGGGAACUAGAAAGAUUAUUCUUUCUACGAAUAUUGCAGAAACAAGUAUUACGAUCGAUGAUGUUGUUUACGUGAUUGAUUCAGGAAAAAUAAAAGAAAAAUCAUUCGACGCGAUAUCCGGUGUAUGUACGCUUCGUUCAAAUUGGAUAUCACAAGCAUGUGCAAAGCAACGAAAAGGAAGAGCUGGCAGAUGUGGAAAAGGAUUCUGUUAUCGUUUAUUCUCAUCAAUUCGUUUUAGCAGUAUGCAAUUACAUCAAACACCUGAAAUCUUACGAUUACCCUUGCAAGAGUUAUGUCUUUUUACAAAACAUUUGGCACCAGGAAAUACACCAAUUGCAGAAUUUUUAGACAGAGCUUUAGAGCCACCCUCCAAUAUAGUAACUAGAAAUGCCGUUCAAUUAUUGAAGACAAUUGAUGCAUUGGACCCAUGGGAAGAUCUUACCGAAUUAGGAAGUCAUUUAUUAGAUAUACCGAUUGAACCAAGAUUAGGGAAAAUGUUGUUAUAUGCAGUAGUUUUGAAAUGUCUCGAUCCAAUUCUAACGAUCGUUUGCAGCUUGGCAUAUAAAGAUCCAUUUAUUCUGCCAGCUCAACCAUCACAAAAAAGGGCUGUAGCUGCUGCACGCAAAAAAUUUGCUACCGGGACAUUUUCAGAUCAUAUGGCUGUAUUGCGAGCAUUUCAGGGCUGGCAAAAUGCAAGAGCUAGCGGGAAGGAACGUAGUUUUUGUGAAAAAAAUUUCAUUUCAGCGCCUGUUAUGGAAAUGGUAGUUGGAAUGCGAACUCAACUUCUUGGUCAACUUCGUGCAUCUGGAUUUGUUAGAGCGAGAGGUGCUGGUGACAUUAGAGAUUUGAAUACCAAUUCUGAAAAUUGGGCGGUCGUUAAAGCAGCUUUAACAGCUGGUUUAUAUCCAAAUAUAAUUAGAGUCGAUCGAGAUCAUAUGCAACUAAGAACGCAAAAAGAAGUGAAGGUCUUUUUCCAUCCAUCAUCGACGUUAAGAGAUUUUCCAAAAUCUCCUAGAAUGACAUAUGCUCAAACUCAUGCAGCUAAUGUAGAAUCAUUACCGUCCGAUUGGUUACUCUACGAAGAGAUGAGUCGUACUGGUCGGUUUUGUCAUGUUAAAAUAGUUACUCUCGUUAAUCCCUUGACCGUAGCACUUUUCAGUGGUCCAGCAAGAUUACCUAUGGAUACUAUUUAUGAAGCUGGUGCAAUACCCGAAAGCGAAUCUGAUUCCGAAGUGGAUGAAAAUCAUGAGGGUACUAUUUUUAAGUUGGACGAUUGGAUUGUAUUUAAACUUGAUCUUGAAACUGUACAAUUGUUUUUAAAUUUACGACAAAAAUGGAAUGCCCUAUUUUUACGACGUAUGAAAGCACCAGGAAAACCUAUGUCACAAUUAGAUGAAAAAGUUGUUAGUACAUUAGUUACAGUUCUGACUAAUGAGGAGCAAGCAUGUGGAUUGCAACAACCUUCAGGAAUUGGACAAAGACCUCGUCCAUUAAUAGUCGAUUAUUAUCCCGCAAAUGCUAGAAGAGCAGAUGACUUUGUAGAGAGAAAUUUUUAAAGAGAGACAUUGUUUUACUUUAAAGAAAUGGAAAAGAAAGUUGUAAUCAUGUACAGUUUUAUAUUAUUUAAAAAGAUAUGUUCUUCUUAAUGGUUUUUAUAUUACUCUAUGAUGUCUUAUAUUUACAUCACUCUAUUUCUAUGAAAGUAGUUGUAUACUGUUUAUAAAUGGUUGCUUAAAUAAUGAUAAUUCAAUUAAUAACAUUAAUCGAGUUUUCAGUAUUAUAGGAAUUAUUAUUGCCAGAUAAAGUAAUGGAGUGGAAAAGUUUAGUAUGACGUGUAAUGUAACUACUGUAUAUAUAGUUUUACCAUUGGCUUGAUAGUAAUACAUUUAAAUGUGUUCUUUGCUAUAAAGGAAAUAAUAUAAAAAAUA